GCGUCCAGUCCACAACAUAUGCCACAGUAGUAAAAUUUCCUAAAAUAUAAAGAUAAGGUCCAAAUUCAGAACACAUAACAGCCUCUUAUUUUCAUGUGCCUGAUUUCACGAAAACUGCAACUUGCGGUGAGCUUUUGGUUACUCCACUCAUCUAAUACCACAAGUCUAGUGCCAAAGCUCAAUUCCUCUUCAUCCACAUCUGGAUAGAACUUAAAAUCAUAACUUUUUAGAAAAUGGGUUGCAGGAUACACACUUCAAACCCCCUAAUUCUGUGCAAAUUUUCCACGAGAAUACCAGCUCUUAGAAUUAAAACCGUUGCAUUAUCUUCUAGUCCAAAUCAACGAGACACCAUUUCCACCACCACACUCCCAAAAACUGAUACUUACACCGUUAAUUUCAAAACUUUGGGAGCUUGCAAGCUUGGCAUCUCAAGAUAUCCCGACUUUGAAUAUGAUGCUCAAGGAGGAACAGGAACUGGGACCGCUACCAGGACCAAAAAGGGUGACUUGAAUGAUGAGAUUUCAGUUUCCUUUGACCUGAAAACUCUGUAUAUUCCACCACUGACAAGUGCAACUACUAGGUUUUUAGGAUUGCGAUUGCCACCAGGUUUGAAGAUUGAUGUGGUCCCUGAACUCUUUCAAGGAAGCAUCGAACGAGAUUCUGGUAAGGUUGAUCUUGAGUUCAUGGCCAAGUUCUGGUUUUCUGUUGGGAAUAUCUACAGAGCUCCUCCUCUUCUUGUGAAAACAGUAUUGACAUCAGAAGAAUCAAAUGGAGUGAUACGCAGCGGACAAGGAGAAAGGUUGGAUAGAGAAGGGAAAUGCAGAUUGGUUGGGGUAGCAACUAUCCAACCAAUUGAUGAUGUUUUCAUGAACACCUUCCUUGGUCUUCCUACUGAAUGCCUUGCGAACCUCAAAGCUGAAAUUUCUUUUCCUAAUUCCUGAUGAUGUAAGAAAUCUGGUCCUCAAUACUGCAAAAAGCAUAAAGCCAUUUAUACAGAAAAGCAUACAAGAAUAAUAUGUUCUAGAGCAUCUCAGCAGCAUCAAUAACAUAUGGUUACAAUUUCGAUUCA